AUGGCCUAUCAGAGCCAGAUUGCAUCUGCCGUCCGAGCAGCCCUCGAUCCUGCAUCCCCUGCUCAGCAACAGGAAGCCUAUGCCUUUCUCGAACAAGUCAAAUCUGCUCCUGCUCAGACUUGGGAGUCAUGCUUUGCACUCUUCUCUGCGACAUCUCAGGACGGCAGGUCAUACGCCUACGAGUCACAAGCUCGCAUGUUCGGCCUCCAGGUUCUCGACGAAGCCUUGCUCAACCAUGACUCUGCCUUUACGCACGAGAAUGUGCAGUCCAUCCGGGAGAUCAUGCUCGACUACGUUCACAGAGAGCAUCUGCGAGGGCAGGGCGAACCUGGCGCGCCUUAUCUAAGGAACAAGUCGAUUCAGACACUCUUUGUGCUCUUCUACACACUCUAUCCGACCGUAUGGCCCAACUUCUUUGACGAAUUCCUCUCCUUCAUGAGAUUGCCUCGCGAGCAAGAGGGCGCACCUGUUGCCUCGACAAGCGCCAAUGCUGGCGCACAGCUCAACUACCAAGGAACAGAAUACGUCCUCAGACUGCUCAAGGAGAUCUCGAGCGAUCUGUCGGAUGCCCAUCUCAGACUGAACAAGCCUCAAAGCCGCCUGGCAAGGGACGCCCAGCUGCGUGAGGCUGUCAGAGCACAAGAUGCUCCCUCAAUCUUGUCUGCUUUGUUCACACUCCUGGAGGAGCUCAUCACACUCUCCUCGGCCAAUCAAGCGAAUGGCUAUACGAACGGACAUCAUCAUAUCGAUUCAGACAAGGCCGACCAUCUGCUCAGACUCUGUCUCGCCGUCAUCGCAGAGUACGUCACUUGGGUCGACAUCAAUCUCGUCAUCCGACCAGAAACAACGCCUUUGCUGUACCGCUGUCUCGAGUCAGACCGCACACUGACUCGCAUUCAGGCGGUCGAUUGUCUCGUCGAGACUGUCAGUAAAGGUAUGCCGGCGAGUGACAAGCUCAAGCUCCUGCAAGUACUGCAGCUUGGCGAUCUGCUCAUCAAGCUCCAUUCGGAUCUACAGCAGAAGAGAGACGCUUCCAGUGGUCAGCUUGACGAAGAUGACGAAGCACUACUCGAACGUCUGGCGAAACUGCUCAACUGCGUCGGCGCAGAACUAUGCAAGGUCCUAGAAGACAACACCGCAGAAUUGUCCGAAAAGUCGGCAGCAUACGCGUUAGCCAGUCAGCUUCUCCCGCUCGUCUUGCUCUUCCUUGACAAUCCAAGCGAUCCCGUUGGCAUACACCUUCUGCCCUUCACCACAUCGAUGCUAUCCGCUUACAAACGCGAGAAGAAACAGCAAAACAGUAUGACAGAGACCAAAGCGGGAUUUCUGUCCACUCUGGCCACAAUCGCAAUCAAGAAGAUUAUGUAUCCAGACGAUAUAGAGUGGCAAGUCAUCCAGGAGACGCUCGACUCGGACGAGGACGACGAUUUCAUCGCAUUCUCAGAGAAGCGCAAAGGCUAUAAGCUUAUACUCGAAGCCAUAGGCGCCAUUGACAUGGAUAUCUACAAUUCUGUUGCAAGGUCCGCCAUCGAUACCACGCUUGACGCCUUGGACAGCAAACCAGACCAAAUCUCUUGGCAACAACUCGAGCUUGCUCUCCAUCUCAUUUGGAUCCAUGGCGAAGGCACAAAGGCGCCCGUUGGCGGACCGGCAGCUUACGUCCAGAUGCCGCCGAUUCCAAAGGCCAAGCUGAAGGCCGAAGUGGACAAGAUGAAUCUAUCCGAGCUACCGCUGUCUACGCUUGGUGAGAUGCUGACGAGGCUACUUCGCUCAAACGUCACAGCGUUUCCACAUGAGAGCGCUCCCUUGACGGUCUUUGAGAUCGUGACACGGUAUCACGCCUACUUUGCCGUCAACCCAGGUGCUAUGUCCAAUAUACUGUCUGCCUUUCUCGGUCCAAGAGGGGUCUUCCAAGUCCAGCAAAAGCAUAAAGCAAGGGCACAAUACUUGCUCAAGAGCUUCAUACACUCGAUGAGGACGAUCUUGCCCAGGUGUGCAACUGCCGACGACAUACAGCGUAUGCUUGAAGCGUUGCGGCCCUUACUGAGGAUAGACGCUUCCGUGGAAACGUCGACAAGCGGAACGACAGAUGUGUUGCUGCAGGCAGCGCAAGUCAAAGGUCCCUUUGAUGCUCAGAGAGAAGUCUUCGAAACCGCCGGCAUAUUACUGACGAUCAUACCUGACCAGCCUGGCGACUUGCUCGGCGGUGUUCUGGGCGACCUCGUCCAGACCAUGAAGCAGAACGUCCCGAGAACGGUCGCGGGAGUCGAGGAUCUCAACAAGAUCUUGCGCAUACACCAUGCCCUGCUCGCAGUCGGUCAUGUCGUCAAACCUUUCCCUCAGCUCGCAACCCCAAAGACGAAGCCACUUCCGAACACCAUUCCUGCUUUUGUCAGUACGAGCGCGGAAAUCCUCGAGCUCCUGAAGACGACCAGUGGCAUUGCCGUCAUUCGUGCGGCAGCCAUUUCGACAUUCAAGAACCUUGUGGCCGCUGCUGGUCAGGCGACGAUGCCACAAGUCUCGACCUUCACGACGCGUGUGAUCGAACAGAUUAGUUAUGCCGAGAUGACCGAAUUUAUGGGCUUCAUCUCCCAGCUGUCGCAUCAGUUCAAAGACAGCUUCGUCGAAGAGCUCGACAAACUCUGUCCCAUCAUCUUUGCGCGCACGUAUGGCUUCUUGGAGCAGCCUGUCUUGGGCACAGAUGAUGAAGUGGCGCACUCGGAGCUCUUGCGCGCGUACUUCAACCUCAUCGUCUCGAUUCUCAAUGCUGGGUUUGCCUACAUCUUGCUGUCCGAGUCGAACCAGCCGCAUCUGCAAACGAUGUUCAAUGCCAUCAUGCAUUAUACGAGCACAUCGACCAAUGUCACAGAUCAAAAGGCCUCUCUGACGCUGCUCUGCAAAUUUAUUGCAGUCUGGGUCGAGCCCCAAACGCCUGCCGUACCUAUCAAUGGCAACAAGGAUGGCAGUGCCGAUGCGACAAAGCUGUCGCCUAUCCCUCCUGGCUUCAGUCAGUUUGUCUACGAGCGCGUCGUGCCUCUCUGCUUCGAGCUGCCUCGAAGGUCGACACUUGACUUUGGCGAUGCUAUGAGCUACCAGCUCAUUGGUGAGACUGCCGGCAUUCUCAAGACGCUGCAGCAGAAGCGCGGCGCAGAAUUCGAGACCUUCCUGCGCGACUCGCUAUUGCCAAGCGCUGGUAUUGCCAAGGAGGCAAGUACCAAGCUUGUGCAGAGCCUCGUCAGUGCCGCCGACGGCAAGGGCUUCAAGAAGGAGUUUGUCGAGUUCCUCAGGACUCUGCGUUCGCCAGCGUAG